GCUGCCACUCUCAGGUGGUGCUCUCUUCCAAGAAGACACUGAGAUGGCGAGCUCCACCGGAGAUGAGAAUGACGGCAACAACAUCCUCAGUCAGUACUCUCAAGAACAGGUUAUGAAUAUGGGCCGUAACUUUGCGAAAAAGCAUGAUCUAGACCCUGAGUUGUUUGCAAGAGGUGCAGCAGUGGCUCGUGCACCAAACUCCUUCAACAAGCUGGCAUUCCUAUCACACGAGGAGAAAGAGGCAUUGUUCAGAGAAACCUCACAUCCAUGGGACAUCCCUCCAAAGUUAUGGCAGAUUGUGCUUUCCGUGUCGCUCUGCGCAGCAACCCAAGGUGCUGACGAGUCUGUCAUUAACGGUGCUAUUCUGUUUUACCCUGCAUACAUGGGCAUUGGGAACGGAGACGAGAGAUCCCGUUGGCUGGAAGGCUUGGUCAAUGGUGCUCCAUACCUGUUUUGCGCUGUGGUUUCCACUUUUAUCACUGAUCCUCUGAACAAGAAGUUUGGUCGUAAAUGGGUUAUUUUCUGGUCAUGUGUUGUAUCUUGUGUUACGUGCUUCUGGCAAGGCUUUGUCGAUAGCCACUGGUGGCAUUUGUUCAUAGCAAGAGCAGUUUUAGGAGCCUUCGGUCUUGGUCCCAAAUCAGCAACUGUUCCUGUGUACUCAUCGGAAGCUGCACCUGCUGCUAUUCGUGGUGCACUCACCAUGCUUUGGCAGUUCUUCACUGCGAUGGGGAUCGCAUUGGGCUAUGUCUUUUGUCUUGCUUUCUACUACGUUCCAGACCACGGUGUCGGUGGUGGCUUGAACUGGCGUCUCAUGCUGGGCUCUGCAAUGUUACCUGCGUUCUUUGCUUUGGCCCAAAUCCCAUUCUGUCCUGAAUCACCACGUUGGCUAAUGGGUAAAGGCCGCUACAAAGAUGCCUGGGAAUCUCUGCGUUCUAUUAGAAAACAUGAUAUCACCGCAGCAAGAGAUUUGUUUUACCAGUAUGUGUUGUUGCAAGAGGAGGAGGGUAUGGAUAUGCCAACCUCACAACGUUUGAAAGAACUAUUCACGGUGAGAAGAAAUCGCAAUGCUUCUCUCGCUGCAUUCAUUGUUACAUUCAUGCAGCAAUUCUGUGGAAUCAACGUCAUUGCAUACUAUUCGUCCUCCAUCUUUGUUCAAGCUGAUUUUGCAGAGAUCAAUGCCCUUGGUGCCUCCUUGGGGUUUGGUGCUUUGAACACAGUCUGUGCGCUCCCUGCCUUCUUCACAAUUGAUCGUUUUGGAAGAAGAUUCCUGUUGUUGCUGACCUUCCCUCUCAUGGGUGCUUUCCUUUUCCUCGCUGGCUUUUCAUUCUGGAUUCCUGAGGACCAAAGAGAAGGUCGUAUCGGGUCUAUUUGUCUCGGUAUCUACCUGUUUACCGUCUUCUACUCGUUUGGUUCCGGUGUCGUGACCUUCCCUUACACUGCGGAGUGCUUCCCACUCUACGUCCGUACUCUGGGAACGUCAUUGGCCAUCGGAAACUUGUGGUUCUGGAACUUUGUGCUGGCCAUCACCUGGCCGUCCAUGCUAGAUGCGUUCCAUCCACAGGGAGCCUUUGGUUGGUACGCUGGCUGGAACUUUGUCGGGUUUUUCCUCGUGUUGUACUUCUUACCAGAGACAAAGGCACUCACCUUGGAGGAGCUUGACGAGGUGUUUGAUGUGCCCUUGAUGGAGCACGCCCGUUACCAGCAUAGGGAGAUCAUUGACCAGUUCAAAGUGCACGUUCUCAGAAGAAAGAAUGUUCAGAGACAGGAGCCACUGUACGUGAAGCACAAGAUGGCCAUCAAGAACCCAAUGUGGAACGACAAGCCAACAGAGCAGUUUGUCGAGUAGAAGAGAGCAGGCCUGGAAUGAAUAUAUAUCAGGAUGACUGUGAUUGUUUUGUUAGUGAUUUGAAAUACACGGUGUUUAAUGGGAUCCACGAGGUUUAGCAGAGCUCAGUAGCAGAUAUGGGCUCCAGAGAGCACCAUAUACCUUUCUUUCUGUGCCCUUUGAGUAUGGUGUAGCUGUGAUUGUUGGAGUCGUAUACGCUUGCACGGUGCCAUGUGCAUCUGUCUCGUUUCGUUGCUAUGGAAACGAAGGGAAACGAGGGGAAAGAGACGCAGGCAAACAAAGAAAACAUCCGUACACCACAGCCCCUGCAAACCAUCAUCAAAGC